AGAACCACUCUAGAACACAGACCCACUAAUUUGAUAGUAGGAACCAUGCUGUCCGCUAUGUACCCACGUUCGAGAGUCCACGGCUCCGGCAGACUCGCGACUUGGGCGCGGGCUCCACCCAGAGGGCUCAACAGGGCCUGUGCGGACGGGAAGCAGAGGUAACAGACGCAGCCAUCUUGCAAUCAAGAACCGAAGUGGGAUAGCCUAGCCAAUCAGCCCGCGGGCAACUCUCUUUGGUUUUUCAGUCAAAGGCGGGGCAGGUUUGGAUACUGCCGGUGACUGGGCAAAACGAGACCCUCCAAGCCUAUCAAAGAGUACCAUGUGGGCGUGACUCCAGAAGCCGCUGGGACUCGGAGCCCGGCUUCUGCGUGUGGGAGGCUGCGCCGCUUGGGGGCGGGAGAGGCGGAGCUCGGUGCUGCAACAGGCCGUUUCGGCCGCCUUCAUUCCGGGCCAGGUGGGGGACGGGCUCCGGGCCGAGGUCGGCCUCAGCUGACUGGCUGCCUUCGAGUCGGGUCAGCGUCCCCGUCGAACCUAAGUGAGGGGGCACGGGGAAGGGCCCAGGAGCGCUCUGGGGCUCUGGAGGGGGCUUCGCGGACGCGAGCUGGGGCUCCGCUCGCUGGCCAUGGGGGAGGUGGAGAUCUCGGCCCGGGCCUACGUGAAGAUGAGCCUGCACGCCGCCCGGUAUCCGCACGCCGCUGUCAACGGGCUGUUGCUGGCGCCGGCGCCGCGAUCGGGAGAAUGCCUGUGCCUCACCGACUGUGUGCCCCUGUUCCACAGCCACCUGGCCCUGUCUGUCAUGCUGGAGGUCGCACUCAACCAGGUGGAUGUGUGGGGCGCGCAGGCCGGGCUGGUAGUGGCAGGGUACUACCAUGCCAAUGCAGCUUUGGACGACCAGAGCCCUGGGCCCCUGGCCUUGAAAAUCGCUGGGCGGAUUGCUGAAUUCUUCCCUGAUGCAGUACUUAUUAUGUUGGAUAAUCAGAAACUGGUACCCCAGCCUCACGUGCCCCCUGUUAUCGUCCUGGAGAACCAUGGUCUCCGCUGGGUCCCCAAGGACAAGAACUUGGUGAUGUGGAGGGACUGGGAAGAGUCACGACAGAUGGUGGGAGCAUUACUAGAGGGCCGGGCCCACCAGCACCUUGUGGACUUUGACUGCCACCUUGACGACAUCCGAGAGGAUUGGACCAACCAGCAGCUCAACGCCCAAAUCACCCAGUGGGUUGGUCCCACAAAUGGAAAUACUUGAGCCAGGGCCAGAGGGGAGGCUCAGGAUCCAAUAAAGAGACUUGGGCUGUUGGG